AUGGAAAAGGCUGAGAAUUUAGGUGAGCUUAUUGAAGCUCAAACUCAUGUGUGGAAUGCAAUGUUCCACUUCAAGAAAUCCGCAUAUCUAAAAUGUGUCGUUGAAUUGGGAAUCCCAGAUGUGAUCAGGAAUCAUGGGAAGCCCAUCACACUUUCUGACCUGAUUUCUGUCAUCCCAAUCCACCCUUCUAAAUCUGCCCACAUUUUUCGCUUAAUGCGAUUCUUGGCUAAUUCUGGAUUCUUUGUUGAAAACCCUCAAGGCUAUGCACUCACCCCUGCAGGUCAGCUUCUUUUGAAAGACGAGCCAUUCAAUGUACGGGCACACAUUUUUCUAUCAUGUGACCCUGCCUUGUUGAAGCCCUGGAAUCUCUUGACCGAGUGGUUCCAGAAUGAUGGUCCCUCUCCAUUUGAUACUGCAUAUGGGAAUAAUCUCUGGGAUUACAGCGCUCGAGAAGUUCGAUUUGGAAACAAUAAAUGGCUGUAG